AUGUCUCACCGUUACUCUAGAGCUGAGAAGGCUCGCCUUCAGGAUGUGGAAGUUCUGUAUGCGGAAGAUGAACUGCAGAGUCCGUUCACCGGGGAGGCCACGGGUAAUGGUAACCAGUCUAUCAUGGGCUCUGGUAGCUCGCAGAGACCAAGAGCCUCAGCCACUCUAAGACUCGGUCCCGCCUCUGGUUCCAAGAGAAAAGCCAGCGCAGUGAAACCUGCUCCUAAGAAGACAACUCAAGCAAGACAGAUAAGAAGGAAACCUCCUGCCAGCAUUAAGGGAACCACAAGGACCCGGGGAAUCAGAAGCCCUCUCCAAGGAGCUAAAUCUACGAAAGUGUUGGCUACAAAAGCCAAACCUUCGGCUCUACGAACAGUACAUAUUAUGCAUCUAGAAUCAAACUUGACUCUUGAUCGUCGAAAAGGGACUCUUUACGUUUUGCUAUGA